CACUUGGUCACACUUGCUAAAAGCUAAGAAUAUUAAAGAAAAUAAAUUGUUUAAUCCAAUUAAACCAGGCAAACUGCAAGUUUGCGGCUUAUCUGUCGCCGUUUCGGAUUGUCUGCCAACACACAAGUGCCUUUAUGUUUAGUAAGCUUGCGGCUUUCAGUGCGUUUACAAAGACGCCUUCCCUUAAGUUCCGAGAGAUUAAAUCGAAAAUCCCCAAAAAACCAUAAAUAAGUCCGUAGUAUCGCGUAUUUAAAGUCAAGGCCAGGAAACAACAACAACAAUAACUGGAGACAAAACAACUGCAACUGUGUGCGAGAUAAAAAAGAUGCAAAGCAGUGCCUAGGAGUUAUUGCUCGCUUCCAGAAUCCGUGAAUCUUCCACACGUCAUUUUCCACCAUGUGCUGCAAGUGCUGCGGGGAAACUCAACGCAAAGUCUGGGUAUUCGGCCUGGGUUCGCUCUUCCUGGUGCUGGGAAUACUUACCGUGGUCUUCUGGCCAAGUAUUGCGGAUAACCUUGUUGAAGAUGGGCUUACCCUGAAGCCUGGCACCGAUGCCUACGACAGCUGGCUGGAGGCACCUAUCCCAAUUUACCUGAGCUUCUACAUGUUCAACUGGACGAACCCUGAGGACAUAAGGAACCCGAACAUAAAGCCAAACUUUGUGGAGAUGGGUCCGUACACCUUCUUGGAGAAGCAUAAGAAGGAGAACUACACGUUCUACGACAACGCGACAGUGGCUUAUUAUGAGCGUCGCACGUGGUUCUUCGAUCCUGAGAAAUCUAAUGGAACUCUGGACGAUAUGGUGACGGCUGCCCAUGCCAUUACUGCCACGGUGGCAGAUGAGAUGCGAAACCAGCGCAAGAUCGUCAAGAAGAUUAUUAACUUUAUGCUGAACCACGAGGGAGGCGAGUUAUAUGUUACCAAGUCGGUGGGCGAGUGGGUCUUCGACGGAUAUCAGGAUAACAUUACCGACUUCUUGAACUUGUUUAACACCUCAAUGAUUGACAUUCCCUACAAGCGCUUUGGCUGGCUGGCUGAUCGAAAUGAAUCCCUGACUUACGAUGGCCUGUUCACCAUUCACACUGGAACUGAUGAUAUAUCCAAUCUGGGCAGACUCACCCAUUGGAAUGGCAAAAAUGAGACUGGUUUCUACAAGGAUCCUUGCGGAAUUGUGAAUGGAACCACCGGGGACCUGUUCCCGCCCAAAAUGAAUGUAAACGAUGAGAUUACGAUUUUUGCCACCGAUGCUUGCAGGUUUAUGAACCUCCGGCCGCAGGGCACAUAUGAGAACCAUGGCCUGACUGCCACAAAAUGGGUUGGCACUGAGGAGACUCUCGAUUCCGGGGAGAACUAUCCGAACCAGAAAUGCUUCUGCGAUGAAACGCGAUUCGACGAGUGUCCCAAGACAGGUGUGGUGGAGUGCAAAGCCUGCCGAGACAAGGCGCCCAUUUACUCCUCCUUCCCUCACUUCUACCUUGCGGAUCAGUCGUAUAUCGAUGCCGUCACUGGGAUGAAGCCCGAAAAGGACAAGCACGAGUUCUUCCUGGCCGUGGAGCCCACCACUGGUGUGCCUGUCCAGGUGCAUGGCCGCAUCCAGAUCAACAUGAUGAUUGAGCCCGACGACGACUUCGACAUCUAUCGAGGUGUCCAAAAGGUCCUGAUGCCCAUGUUCUGGUUCGAUCAGUACGCGGAGCUUUCCUCCGAGCUGGCUUCUAAGGCCAAGUUGGCCAUUAAUCUGUCUAGCUAUGGGGUUAUAUUCGGUUAUUCUCUGAUAGCCUUUGCCAGCGUCUUCCUCAUCACCGGCAUCACUUUAACGGUGACGAAGAAGUGGGUGCGACGAACUCCUGAGGAUGAGGACAUGCUGACCAACUAGAGAACAGUAGUUUUUAAGCGUAACCCAUAUGUCAGGGCAAGUUUACUCUCCUAGAUCAUUUUAAUAGUCGCGAAACGCUUGUUGUUCGUAGCCAGUUAUGCGUUAUAUAAUAUGUAAGUGACAGAUCGUCUUACAAUUUGUGAUACCAAACCCUACAUAGAGUAAUAUUAUGAAGCCAUUCACAAAUCAUUUCCAAGCCAAUACCUUUUGAUUGAGAUUUUACUUGAUAAAACAUACCAUAUGAAACUAAAACACUCGAUACAUUUUAUUUUUACGUUUUCCAUUUUAAUUUUUACUUUAUUUUGCAAAGAUAUUUUUUACAACUUUUUUACCUUUUACUCAUGGACUUUUUACUUAUCGUAUGCGAUUGUUGGAUGCUUCAACGGUUUGAUUUAUAAAUGCAUCAAUUGAAUGUUUUUUGUUUUGUAAAUUAAUAAAUUAAAGUAAUUGUAUAUGUAUAUAUAUUUAUUUAUAUAUAUAUAUAUUUGUGUAUAUGUAAGAUAUAUGGCAAAAAUUUUACAUUUUCUCAAAGAUCACAUUCCUCAAUUUAGCAAUAGACUUUUAGUCGAGAAAAAUCUACGCAAAUAUUUGUGACAUCCAUUAAAAACUCGAAAUCAUUUUUGCACGCACACUCACACAUCCAAAAAUUAGUUGGGGGUUAAUUAUCGAACAAAAAAUAAACAAACAAAAAUAAAUCAUAA